AGAUUAUUUCAGGUUAUGUCAAUGUUUACAAGCUUGUCUAUGGCAUGGCUUGAGAUUUUUCAGGUCAAUUUCCAGUAUUUCUCGUUUUGAAGUCUAUCUCUAGUCACAGAUUAAAUACAGUGCCCUGGUGAAAACAAAUUGUGAACGCCCACAUUUCUUGCCCCACUUUCAUAGAUUUUUAUCUGGUGUAUUGCCUAGUCAGAACGGAAGGUUUUCUAACACACUUCGAAUCGGGUUGUAGCAGAUUCUUACAGAACAAAUAUCAAUUUAUUUAUACGAGGUUUUCUUAAUAGAAGUGCACGAUGAAAGACGUGAUUGACGUUAUGGAAUUGCAGCGAGAGAAAACUAGGAAAAAUAGCCCCGUGGAUUACAAACAGUUGGAUUUUAACAAUGGCUUUACACCGGCGAGAUUCAUCUUUGAAUGUGGAAUGAAACUUAGUGCGCAGCCUCUAACACUAGCCACAGCUGCAGUUAUCAUGCACAGGUUCUUCAGAGAAGUGGAUCCAUCAAAUUAUGAUUGCUUUCUGAUCGGAGCGUCGUCUCUCUACCUGGCCGGCAAAGUGAAGGACGAUCCCUUGAAGAUACGGGACAUCAUAAACGUCGCCCACAACACGCUCCACAGGGGAAGCAGCCCUUUGGAAAUCGGUGACGAAUACUGGAGCAUGAGAGAUGCCAUCGUUCAAGCGGAGCUGCUUAUUAUGCGCAUGCUCAAGUUCGAAGUAGGCACGACUCAUCCACACAAGUUCAUGCUGCACUAUUUGAGAUCUAUGGAAGGUUGGUUAGGAAAAGACCAGUGGGAAACCAUUCCCGUCGCUAGAGCUUCCGCGGCAUUUCUUCAAGACUUCCAUCACGACCCCAGCAUCCUGGACUACAACCCAAGACACGUAGCUAUCGCUUGCAUCUCUCUUUCCCUUCAGUGCUACGGAAUUCAGUUGCCGCUGAUCGAAGAUAGCGACGACGAGGCGUGGUACAAUAUUUUCGUCAAGGAUCUCCCCAAGGAAAAGCACUGGGAAAUCAUGGAAAAGGUCAUGGAGACGUACAACAAAGAACCUGAAACAUCUUGAACAGGUUUCGCUCGACUUUUGGUUGUUUUCUCGGCAGUGAGGAGUUUCAAUCCCCCUAAUCAAAUCGGAUUAUUUCAGUUUCUUUUGAUAACUGUGGUUGUUGUAAUCGCAAACAUUUCAAGGUAUUUGGUUUCGUUCUGAUUUACAUUUAAAUUACUUUUUUUCUAAAACCAACCCGUGAGGGGCUGUGACUAUAUUUUCAAUUGGCUAGUUUAGAAUAUCGAUUUCUAACAAAGCUCGAGUAUUAUAGGUUUAGUACAUUUCAUAAUCGUAUUUUAUGAAUUACUUUACUGCAUUGAUAAGUUGAUGAACGGGGGGAAGCAUCUGAUGUUUUUUAUAACUGAUUCUACUAAUAAAACUAGUAAAGUAAA